AUGCCUCGUGUUUCCAAGCUCCCACGCCCUGAGGAAGACCCUGUCGCAUUUGAGAACGCCUUUCGCAGGCAGCUCAAAAUUAUCGACGACAAGAAAAAUGAAGCUGACAGACUGAAGCGCUGCAAGGAGAAUGGCGUUUCAAACAUCGCUCCAACCUCGGAGAUCUCCAGCGACGUUUCUCAAUUUUCUACAGCUCCAUCUACGGGAACGCUUCUGGUUACGUUCUCGCCGAAUCCGUCGUUUGUGCCCUUUCAGUUCAAUGGGCCGCAACCGGAAAGCGAAUAUUUUGCUUAUCCGGAUUUUAUGACGUCAUCGGUCGUCUCCACUUUCUCCUCUACUCCAACGUCGGCACCGACGUUGCAGUUGUCGUCGUUUAUGCCGUGCCAGCUAUAUGAGACAACGGAGGAAUACGUCCUGGAGCCACUGCUGACGACGCCACCGUUGUCUUCCACGUCAUCCUUCUCUAUCUCCUCUUAUGAGACUGCGGAAACCUGCUUCAAAGCUGUGGAAACUCCAACGCCGACUAUCUGCGAUCCGACUGGAAGCUGCGGCAGAGGUGAGAAACACUUGUGUAAUGAAAAAGCAGAAAUUCGAGUGCAGAUGCGAACAUCCUUGGUGCUACUGACACAAUGCCAAGCGGAUUGAUUCACAAUGUUCCGCCGAUAUGGGACACAAACUAUUUGUAAGUUUUCAGCGUCAAUGCAAAGCAUUGCAAAAUUAGAACAUUUUACAAACCGUAGCAGUCGUGAGAUAGAAACGGGUAAAACACGGUAGCAUUAUGUAUAUUUGAAUUCGUUCGUUAAUCAAAGCAUUUUCAAAGUAAUUUUUGUAGGGGCUGUGCCAACGUCCAACCUGUUUGCGACUCGGGUCUCGAGAAUAAUGUGAUCCGUCUGGAAUACGAGGAGAAUGAGCGUCUCCUUAUGUGUCAGCUGACCGACAACGAAACUCCGAUGAUCGGCCCUCUCGAGGUGAGCAAAAUUCAAAAAAUCAAGUGAUUUGUUUUAAAAUGUAGUCAUCGCACUUUACGGAACGUAGUUUCGCCAAAUUUAAAAGGAUAACUACACAGUUCUAUAGGCUCUUGUUUACUGUCUCUGUCCUAACUAACUUCCAGAUAAUCCUUUUAAAACUUUCUGAUUUUCAGAUGGAGUACAUGCAGCACCUAUCCCCUUCCAACCCACUGGCCUUCGCUCUGGAUCUUCCGGUUGUGAGAGAGUUGCUCCAUGUUCCGUCUCCUCCGCCGCCGACUCCGGGACGCGUCCCGCUCUACAAGAGAACUUCAAAGUUGAACCACUAA